GGAAACCAGCUGAGAGAAAGGGUAGAGAAGACAAGAUGGCGGAGUGAGUGGGUUGCGCUUUGUACAGACGGUUGCGACCCUUGAAGUUUGCCGAAAACGCUCUUAAAGGACUGAAAAGAUUGAAAAAGCAACAAUACUAUCGGACGUGUAAUUAAAAAGGCAGUUUCUGCCCCUCAGCACGGAGGAGGUCCGGACAUCUUUUUCCGCGGCGGUCCUUGAGACAGCUUUAGCUUGAUGCUAACGUUAGCUAACGUUAGAUAUCACUAACUUAGCUGCUACUUCGAGGUAGCUGGGUGGUUGUUGAAGGCCGUAAGCUUUUUCGGAUUUAGUUUUGGAUGUAUAUACUGACACGGUAUCCCGUGAGGAGAUUUCAUUUUAACACAGAUCCAUUGUAGCCGGUAGCAUAUGAAUAAAGCGAAUAACGCCAGGAGAAAUCUAUUUUCCAACUUGCUUGUUACGUUAGUUGUCGAUAAUAUUGUUUGGAGUAACAGCUAGCCCAUAAUUACCCUCAUCAACACCAAGUGGAUAUACAGGACUCUGUGUGUUCUGCUGACAACCGGGCUAGACUGCCACACACAAUUGAAUCGGGCGGAGAUUGUCAUUUGGUGGAUAUUAUGGCGAGCAGCAGUGGCUCCAAAGCCGAAUUUAUAGUCGGUGGAAAAUACAAGCUUGUCAGAAAAAUUGGAUCGGGAUCUUUCGGUGACAUAUAUCUGGCCAUCAACAUCACAAAUGGAGAGGAGGUAGCUGUAAAAUUGGAAUCACAGAAAGCCAGACAUCCACAGUUGUUAUACGAAAGCAAGCUGUACAAAAUCCUACAAGGUGGUGUCGGGAUUCCACACAUCAGGUGGUAUGGCCAAGAGAAGGACUACAAUGUCCUAGUCAUGGACCUGCUUGGACCCAGUCUGGAGGACCUGUUCAACUUCUGCUCUCGCCGUUUCACCAUGAAGACGGUCCUUAUGCUGGCAGACCAGAUGAUCAGCAGAAUUGAAUAUGUACACACAAAGAACUUCAUCCACAGAGAUAUCAAACCAGACAACUUUCUUAUGGGCAUCGGCCGUCACUGUAACAAGUGUUUAGACUCGUCAGUGGGGAAGAGGAAAAGAAGCUUGGCUGUUAGCUCUUCUCAGGACCCAUCUUUCUCAGGAUUAAACCAGUUGUUCCUUAUUGACUUUGGUUUGGCGAAGAAGUACCGAGACAACCGAACACGACAGCACAUCCCCUACAGAGAAGACAAGAACCUGACUGGCACAGCACGCUAUGCCUCCAUCAAUGCACACCUGGGCAUUGAACAGAGUCGCCGUGAUGACAUGGAGUCACUAGGCUAUGUGCUGAUGUACUUCAACAGAACCAGUCUGCCGUGGCAGGGAUUAAAGGCUGCCACAAAGAAGCAGAAGUAUGAGAAGAUCUCGGAGAAGAAAAUGUCCACCCCUGUUGAGGUCCUCUGUAAGGGUUUCCCAGCAGAGUUUGCCAUGUAUCUGAAUUACUGCCGUGGCUUGCGCUUUGAGGAGGCUCCAGACUACAUGUACCUGCGCCAACUGUUCCGCAUCCUCUUCAGAACUCUGAACCACCAGUAUGACUACACAUUUGACUGGACCAUGCUGAAACAGAAAGCUGCCCAGCAGGGGGCCUCCUCUGGGGGCCAGGGCCAGCAGGCACAAACCCCCACAGGCAAGCAAACUGACAAACCCAAGCCUAACAUGAAAGGUUUCUGAGUGGUCUCUGCCCAGAGCAGAGCUGCAGAAGCGUUGGUGACCAGGACCAACAAGUCUCUCUUCCUGGACAAGCGACAAACAGAAAGUCUGUGUCUCUCCUUCCAUAAUAACUAUCUAUGUAAUGGAAAUGUAUGGAUUUACACACGCCUUUGUCAGCUGUGUUAUCUAUAUAUUCAUAUGUAUAUAUAAUAAAACUCUGCACUCCGAAAGAAAAGAAGAAUGAAAAAGCAGGUUUUUUUGGAUGUGGAGGCUGUAGCCCCCUGCCCCCACCCCAGACACACACACACACACACACACACACACACACACACCCUUCCCCCAUCCACCCCUGUCUCUGUCCUCCUUUCACUGUUGACUUUUUGUAAGGUUUCUUUGGAAACUGAAGUUAAGAAGAUAGUCAUCUGACCCUCUGUUCUUCUCUCCCAGUGGAAACAUCUCAAAGCAUCUCUUCCCCUUUUCACUCCUUCAUUAUUUCACUCCCUCCUUUUACCAAGCAAAUGUUAAAACAUGUAAACCUGAAAACUGUUCUCCCUUUUUGUUUCUGAAAUAAUUGAAUGAUGCAACCCUGGAUGUUAUUUACUAAAAAAUCAAAAAUGUUGGAUUUUUUUCUUGUUUUCUUUUUUGUUUUCCUAUGGUGAUUAGGAGUUUGCCUGACAAUAUAAGCAGCUGAUGGCAACAGUCAAUGGUAGAAUGAUACUCUGGCUCUCUCCCUCUCUUUAGAGCUCUGAAUUAUUAUUAAAUCUGUUGUAAAACCUAUGGUCUUCUCCAAAAAUACCAAUAAAAACAUGACAUAACUCUGA